AUGUAUGCUUUUGCUGAUAGUACUGAGGGUGACUGUUACCUGAGUGUCCCGCCCGACCCGGGCAUUGAGGCUGCUGCUCUAGGUGCUAGUGCGUCUGCUGCUCCAGGUGCUGGUGCGUCUGCUCUCUCUUGUACUGCACCUACUGAGGCCUUGCACACUUUCACACUUGACUCUGGUGCUUCGCGCUCUUUCUUUAGAGACAGCACCACACUCACGCCGCUCAGUCGGCAUGUCGCAGUCUCCCUUGCUGACCCCUCUGGGGGCCCAGUCCUUGCACACUCUUCCACGGUUCUACCGUGUCCUGCGGCCCCGUCGGGCUUGCUGUCGGGACUCCACCUCCCCUCGUUCUCUACGAACUUGGUGAGUGGAGCUGACCUCCAGGACGCGUGGGUUGACCAGUUCGCCCCUGGAGGUCAGCGUGUGACCCACUGCACUUGCUCUCGGACGGGCCGCCACCUGGCCACGUUCACCAGUCGGCCAGGGUCGAGUCUGUACACACUGACUACCGCGCCUCCUCCGGUCUCUGCGUCUGGUCAGGUAGCUGCGUCUAGUCAGGUGUUUGCUGCCGCGUCCAGGUCUAGUCUUGAGUCUGCCCCUUGCUCGUGUCGUCCUCUGUCACACGAGACUCUCCUUUGGCACCACCGCCUUGGUCACCCCUCCCUCCCUCGUCUUCGAGGUAUGGCCUCCCGUGCCCUUGUCUCGGGUCUACCCCGGUCUCUCCCUCCCCUUCCUCCGGGGCCUGCCCCUACCUGUGUUCCUUGUGUCGAGGGCCGGCAGCACGCUGCUCCUCACUCCUCCACGUUCCCUCCGACUGAGGCUCCUCUGCAGACUCUUCACAUGGACGUGUGGGGCCCAGCCCGCGUCCGUGGCCAAGGUCACGAGCGUUACUUCCUGCUGGUCGUUGACGACUACUCGCGUUACACCACAGUCUUCCCCUUGCGCAGCAAGGGUGAGGUCUCUGAGGUGUUGAUCGACUGGAUCCGCGGUGCUCGUCGUCAGCUCAGUGGGAGUUUCGGCUCGGACCUCCCUGUUCUGCGUCUGCACUCAGACAGAGGUGGUGAGUUUUCCUCUGACCUCCUGAGGGCCUUCUGUCGUGCGGAGGGCAUCCGCCAGACGUUCACGCUUCCGGCCUCCCCACAGCAAAAUGGGCUUGCUGAGCGCCGCAUUGGCAUGAUCAUGGACGUCGCUCGUACGUCCAUGAUCCAUGCGGCUGCUCCCCAUUUUCUGUGGCCGUUCGCGGUUCAGUACGCGGCGCAUCAGAUCAACCUUCAGCCUCGUGUCUCCUUGCCGGAGACCACACCUACUCUGAGGUGGACAGGGAAGGUUGGCGAUGCGUCUGCGUUCCGUGUCUGGGGAUCUCGAGCUUUUGUCCGCGAUACUUCAGCGGACAAGCUGUCCUCCCGUGCCGUUCCCUGUGUCUUCCUUGGCUUCCCCCCUGACGCACCUGUGUGGCAGUUCUACCACCCCACCUCGCGUCGUGUUCUGUCCUCUCAGGACGUCACGUUUGACGAGUCGGUGUCUUACUACCGUCUCUUUCCCUACAGCGCUGCCUCUCUCCCCCCCCCGCCACUCUUCCUAGUACCAGGUACUCCUCCGGUAGACCCCCUCCCCCCUCAGGGUCCUGCCCCCUCAGGUGUGUCUCAGGUAGACCCUGUCGAGCCGGUCGAGGUAGCUGUCGACUCAGGUGCUGCUAGGGGUGCUGAGCCUGCAGCCUGCGUGUGCUGA